CUACAGGAUACAUAAGUGAAAUUGAUACCUGGCCCCCGAAAGGACACUCCCCAAGUCCCCAGCCAGGGGCCCCGCGUAGACCUGGAGUGGACACCCCCUCCUUCCCUUCAUGAUUCGUUUGUAGCGCAGUGGCGAUGGAUGAUGAGGAUGGGAGAUGCUUACUAGACGUGAUUUGUGACCCUCAGGCCCUCAAUGACUUCCUACAUGGAUCCGAGAAGCUCGAUGGUGAUGACCUCCUGGAUAACCCCGGGGAGGCCCAAAGUGCCUUCUAUGAAGGUCCUGGGCUCCAUGUGCAAGAAGCUUCUGGCAACCACUUGAGCCCAGAGCCCACGCAGCCGGCCCCCAGCGUGGACCUUGACUUCCUGGAGGAUGCGAUCCUGGGCUCGCCUGCCGCGGGGGGCGGCGGGGGGGGUGGCGGAGGCGCCGACCAGCCCUGCGACAUCCUCCAGCAGAGCCUCCAAGAGGCCAACAUCACUGAGCAGACACUUGAGGCCGAGGCCGAGCUGGACCUGGGCCCCUUCCAGCUGCCCACCCUACAGCCUGCGGAUGGCGGAGCAGGCCCGGCGGGUGCCGGAGGGGCUGCUGCCGUGGCCGCUGGGCCCCAGGCCCUGUUCCCAGGCGGCACCGACCUGCUGGGGCUGCAGGCCCCGCCCACCGUGCUGACCCACCAGGCCCUGGUGCCGCCCCAGGACGUGGUCAACAAAGCCCUGAGCGUCCAGCCCUUCCUGCAGCCUGUGGGCCUGGGCAAUGUGACCCUGCAGCCUAUCCCAGGCCUCCAGGGCCUGCCCAACGGCAGCCCUGGGGGCGCCACGGCGGCCACGCUCGGCCUGGCACCCAUCCAGGUGGUGGGCCAGCCCGUCAUGGCACUCAACCCGCCCACCUCCCAGCUCCUUGCCAAGCAGGUGCCCGUCAGCGGCUAUCUGGCCUCUGCGGCCGGCCCCUCAGAGCCGGUGACCUUGGCGUCCGCCGGCGUCUCACCCCAGGGGGCUGGCCUGGUCAUUCAGAAGAACCUCCCCACCGCCGUGGCCACCACGCUCAACGGGAACUCGGUGUUUGGAGGGGCGGGUGCGGCCACGGCAGCGGCCAGCGGGGCGCCCUCGGGGCCACCGCUGGCGGUGGCCCCCGGCCUCGGCACGUCACCGCUGGUCCCGGCGCCCAAUGUGAUCCUGCAUCGCACGCCCACACCCAUCCAGCCCAAGCCUGCCGGCGUGCUGCCCCCCAAGCUCUACCAGCUGACACCCAAGCCGUUCGCCCCGGCGGGCACCACACUCACCAUCCAGGGCGAGGCGGGGGGCCUCCCGCAGCCGACCAAGGCCCCCCAGAACCUGACUUUCAUGGCAGCGGGCAAGGCCGGCCAGAACGUGGUGCUGUCGGGCUUCCCCGCACCUGCCCUGCAGGCGAAUGUCUUCAAGCAGCCUCCUGCCACCACGACCGGGGCUGCCCCGCCCCAGCCCCCCGGGGCCCUGAGCAAGCCCAUGAGCGUCCACCUCUUGAAUCAAGGCAGCAGCAUCGUCAUCCCCGCCCAGCACAUGCUGCCGGGCCAGAACCAGUUCCUGCUGCCGGGCACGCCCGCCGUCCAGCUCCCCCAGACGCUCUCGGCCCUGCCCACCAACGUCGGCGGGCAGAUCCUGGCGGCCGCGGCCCCCCACGCGGGUGGACAGCUCAUCGCAAACCCCAUCCUCACCAACCAGAACCUGGCGGGUCCGCUGAGCCUGGGCCCCGUGCUGGCCCCCCACUCCGGGGCCCACAGCGCAGCCCACAUCCUCUCGGCCGCCCCCAUCCAGGUGGGCCAACCGGCACUCUUCCAGAUGCCCGUGUCCCUGGCCGCGGGCAGCCUGCCCACGCAGAGCCAGCCGGCACCCACCGGCCCCGCUGCCACGACCGUCCUCCAGGGGGUCACUCUGCCCCCCAGCGCUGUGGCCAUGCUCAACACCCCCGAUGGGCUGGUGCAGCCGGCCACGCCUGCCGCCACGGGGGAGGCCACGCCUGUCCUCACGGUGCAGACGGCCCCCCAGGCUCCACCGGCGGUCAGCACCCCGCUGCCUUUGGGCCUCCAGCAGCCGCCGGCCCAGCAGCAGCCCCCGCAGGCCCCUACUGCUCAGGCCGCCGCCCCGCCUCAGGCCACCACCCCCCAGCCCAGCCCAGGCCUGGCGUCCAGCCCCGAGAAGAUCGUCCUGGGACAGCCGCCCUCUGCCGCCACCACGGCCAUCCUCACUCAGGACUCCCUGCAGAUGUUCCUGCCCCAGGAGAGGAGCCAGCAGCCCCUCUCCGCAGACGGCCCCCACCUCUCCGUGCCCGCCUCGGUCAUAGUCAGCGCCCCGCCUCCCGCCCAAGACCCAGCCCCGAGCACCCCCAUCGCCAAAGGAGCUGGCCUCGGCCCUCAGGCCCCCGACAGCCAGGCUUCCCCAGCACCGGCCCCCCAGGUGCCGUCCGGAAUCAUUCUCCAGAACAAGGCCGGGGGGGCCCCCGCCGCCCCGCAGACCUCCGCCAGCCUGGGGCCCCUCGCCAGCCCCACUGCCUCUGUGCUGGUCAGCGGGCAGGCCCCACCCGGGACCCCCACCGCCCCCAGCCAUCCCCCUGCCCCGGCACCCAUGGCCACCGCAGGCCUCCCUCCUCUGCUUCCUGCCGAGAGCAAAGCUUUUGCCAGCACCCUCCCGACCCUGAGUGUGGCCAAGGCCACUGCGGCUGGGCCAGGGAAGUCCUCCGGGCUGCAGUAUGAAAGUAAGAUGAGCAGUCUGAAGAAACCCCCCGCGCUUCAGCCCAGCAAAGAAGCCUGUUUCCUGGAACAUUUGCACAAACAUCAGGGCUCCGUCCUGCACCCUGACUACAAGACAGCCUUCCCCUCCUUCGAGGAUGCCCUGCAUCGCCUCCUGCCCUACCACGUCUACCAGGGUGCCCUCCCCUCCCCCAAUGACUACCACAAAGUGGACGAGGAGUUUGAGACGGUCUCCACACAGCUGCUGAAACGCACCCAGGCCAUGCUCAAUAAAUACCGCCUCCUGCUUCUGGAGGAGUCCCGGAGGGUGAGCCCCUCCGCGGAGAUGGUGAUGAUCGACCGAAUGUUCAUUCAGGAGGAGAAGACCACCCUUGCCUUGGACAAACAGUUGGCCAAGGAGAAGCCGGAUGAGUAUGUGUCUUCCUCGCGCUCUCUUGGCCUCCCCAUCGCUGCCUCUUCCGAGGGACACCGGCUCCCUGGUCACGGCCCAGCACCAUCCUCAGUGUCCGGGGCCCCCACCCAGCCCCCUCUGCACCUGCCAACCAAGCUGGUGAUUCGGCACGGUGGGGCGGGGGGCUCCCCUUCGGUGACCUGGGCACGGGCGUCCUCCUCCCUGUCCUCCUCCUCCUCCUCCUCAGCCGCCUCCUCCCUGGACGCCGAUGAGGACGGCCCCAUGCCCUCCCGCAACCGCCCUCCCAUCAAGACCUACGAGGCCCGUAGCCGCAUCGGCCUCAAGCUCAAGAUCAAGCAGGAAGCUGGGCUCAGCAAGGUUGUCCACAACACCGCCCUGGACCCUGUGCACCAGCCCCCGCCCCCUGCCGCCCUCAAGGCAGCAGAGCCCCCG